GGGGUGAGAAGAGGAAGAGAGGAGGAAGGGGUGUUUGCUGGGGGCUCUGCGAAGAAGGUGUCCGAGACCUGAGCCACCCGUGGCACAGCUGCCGUGACAGAGGCAGGAGCCAAAGUUCCGCGGAGCGUGGCCCGGGGGGGGCCUCCAUGGAGCUCGGGCGGCCAGCUGGAGCAAAGCAGCCCCCCCGGCGCUGAGGAGAUGGCGAUGAGCCCGCUGCCCAGCCCCACGGACAUCCUGCUAUCGUCGCCAUCCAGCGCGUACCCACCGGACCCCAUGAGCCAGCCGCGGGCCAGCCAUGCCACCAUGAAGCCCAACCAGGUGGGGCAGGUGAUCCUCUACAGCAUCCCCAUCGUGUCCCUGGUGAUCGACGGGCAGGAGCGGCUGUGCCUGGCACAGAUCUCCAACACGCUGCUCAAGAACUUCAGCUACAAUGAGAUUCACAACCGGCGGGUGGCCUUGGGUAUCACCUGCGUGCAGUGCACGCCGGUGCAGCUGGAGAUCCUGCGGCAGGCUGGGGCCAUGCCCAUCUCCUCUCGCCGCUGUGGCAUGAUAACCAAGUGGGAGGCUGAGUGGCUCUGCAAGUCCUUCCUGGGGGAGAACUGUCCGCCCAAACUGCCAGACAACUUUGCCUUCAAUGUGUCGCACAAGUGUGCAUGGGGCUGCUGGGGCAGCUUCAUCCCGGCCCGCUACAACAGCUCCCGCGCCAAGUGCAUCAAAUGCAGCUACUGCAACAUGUACUUCUCCCCCAACAAGUUCAUCUUCCACUCGCACCGCACCCCUGACGCCAAGUACACGCAGCCUGAUGCCGCCAACUUCAACUCGUGGUGCCGUCACCUCAAGCUCACCAACAAGAGCCCCCAGGACGAGCUGGUCUUCGCCUGGGAGGACGUCAAAGCCAUGUUCAACGGCGGCAGCCGCAAGCGGGCCCUACCACCCGUCCCCCUGGCCCCUGCCACCACUGCCGCCCCCUGCCACCUGCUGGGCUCGGUGAAGGCGGCGGCCGCUGUGGUGGGCGGGGGGCUGCUGAGUCCCCACCUGCUGGCGGCACCGCCGGACCUGCACCAGAAGCGGCCCCGCUUCGAGGAGGAUGACGAGCUGCAGGAGGUGGUGGCGGUGCAUGGCGGCAAGAGCCUGCGGAACUACCCAGUCAUCCCGGUGCCCAGCAAGGGCUCCUUCGGCGGUGUGCUGCACAAGUUCCCCGCCUGCGGGGGGCUCUUCCCGCACCCCUACGGCUUCCCCGUCGCUGCCUUCGGGCUGUACCACAAGAAGGAGGAGGGCGUUGGGAGCGGCGGGGGGCACAAGACCGGCGAGGGGGCGUCAGGCGGGGGGCUCUCGGGGCUCUUCUGGCCCGGCAGGAAGGCCUUCUACCCACCCUUCUGCAUGUUCUGGCCGCCCUGCACUCCCGCUGGCCUGCCGGUGCCCACCUACCUGCAGCCGCCGCCCCAGUCCCCUGGCGCUUUGGGCUGCUCGCUGGGCGGCGGCGCCGGGCUGCUCCACCAGGCCUUUCUGGACCUCUCGGAGCCCGGCGGCGAGCCGGGAGCCCCGGGGCUGGCCGCGACCCCCGCCUCCGCCGCUCCCCCCCAAGCCACCGCCGCGGUGCGGGACCCGCUCUUCGAGUCGGCCCCUGGCAGAGGCGGCGGUGUGGAGCCGGCCUCGCCCGCAGCCUCGGAAGGGGGCAGCAGGGGGGGCGGCCUGGUCCCCUCGCACACCCCGCACCUGCUGGAAGCCGCUGGGGGUGACCGCAAGUCGGGUGGUGGCGGCAGUGGCUACCACCACUCCAGCGCUUUCCGCCCGGUGGGUGGCAAGGAGGACUCGGAGAGCCUGGCCAAGCUGCACGGCGGCGGCCCGCAUCGCCCCGCCUCGUCGCUGCAGUUCCUGCUGCCGCCCCCCGAGGAGGGGGGCUGCGACCGGCACCUGAACCCUCCGUCGCCACCCCUGCACCACCUCCUCUCCCCCGGAGGCACCAGCUGCAGCUUCGCCAGCGAGGACAGCAGCGAGGAGAAGGAGGCCAAGGAGGUGGACGUCGAGGGGCACAAGCCCCCCAAGGAAGAAGAGGACAGAGAGGAGGAGGAGGAAGCUGAUCACCUGGUGGCCUCCAGUCACUUCUUGCUCACCUGGGGUCCACUGGAGAAGGGUGGCCAGGAUCGCCCCACUGCUGCUAUCCCCUUCACCCGGCUGCCCAUCGAAGAAAAGCUGGGCGAAGGCCAGGUCCCACCACAGCUGCCUCCCAGGCACCCCAAGGCUGGCAGUGGCAGCAGCAGCCCAGCACACCACCCCGUUGCCGGAGGAGCAGCUCUCCUACAAAGAUAAUCAGAAAAGCAAGGAGAGCAAUCAAGUCAUCUUGCCCACAAAAGAGGAUAACUUCUCAGAUAAGAACAAGGAGCAUAAUUUUUUCAUCACAGAUUCAGAGCCUUCAGGAGGAGACUUCUAGAGAGAUAUAGCAGGUGAACACACACAAGAAACCAAUUCACAUCAUUCACUGAAGAAGGAUGUAGAAAACAUGGGGAAAGGUAAAAUAAAUAAGGGCCUCUUAUGUUAUAAAACUAGUCUUUGUUUUAAUAGAAUAUAAGUGUAAUAGGGGGCAUUUUUGUUCUGGAGGUCUUUUGUUCUUGUAGGUCUAUGCAACGCUUUUUUAAUGACUGCUAAAAUAUUUUGUCUUAUAGUAAUGAAUUGCUUUACGACUGUUAACUCAAGAAUUAUUUAUACAGAUUAGUAAAAGCACUUUUCUCUUUGUUAGAGGAACUCCAGAAGGUUUGAACAAAUUUGAACAAAUUGACUUACAGAGGAGGCUAGAACAGGAAUUCCAGGCAUUGAAAGGAAAUGCAUCAUUCCCUGUCUUCAGUAAGACAUUUAUCUGUGGUUUUGGUGUUAUUCAUGGGUUGUUGUUGGACUGUUAAAAGCGGGAGCAGUAUGUUCUCAGUUAUCUUGCCAGGAUUUUUGGCUUAGUUCUACUGAGGUUGAUGGAACAUCUGCUGUAGCUUUUCAGGCUUCCUAAGCAGGUCUUUUGUAGAGAAAAUCUGAAGCUGGAUGUCUGUUUUGGUGUAUCUGGAUUUGAUAACACUGAAAACAGUGCGUCAUCAGGAGUAGAAAAUGGGGGGUAUCUCUGCCUCCCAGUGAACUUUGAUCCCAGAUCUAAUAAAAAUCUGUUAAAGCCUGUUGGAAGGGAGGGGGUCUUCUAGCACAGAGCCAUUACACCACUUCCUGUGCCACACUCCCUCUCUGCAGGAAGGAAUGGCUGGAUAUCAGGAAACCUGUUGGGAACUUCUGGCGGUACAGGGAUGUCAGUGUUCUUAACCAGCUUCUUGGAGGCUUUUGAAGGCAGGGUAAUUUAUGGACAUGUUUUUGUGGUUCUAGCUGAUGCUGGAGAAUUGAUUUGGAGUUUAAGGAGCGUGUUUAAGGAGUGGAAAUAACAGUUUGGAUUUUUCAUCUUGAAAUGGGUUGUUUAAGAGGGCUCUUGCCCCAUGUCUGAUGAAUGGGGUGUGUAGUGGGUUUAUGUGGCAAGGUUUUGGUAGCAGGGGGCCAUAGGGGUGGUUUCUGUGAGAAGGAUCUAGAAGCUGCCCCAUGUUUGGUAAGGGCCCCAUUGUUUUCCAGAGCUGAGCCAA